GCCCGAUUGUAACCCAAAAUGCCAUUUCUUAACUAUAGCUAAAAUUCCCACGGAAAAAAGGGCUACCCCAUAAAUCUCAUUAAAAACACUCCAAGAACCCACAAACCCUUAUGUUCGAUUACGCAGAGGGUCAAGAAAACUGCAACUUUUAGUUUCUUUUUCUUUCUAUGAAAGAAGGAAAAAAAUGGAUUCUGCUGCUCUUGAUUCUAUAAUCAACCGUUUGCUUGAGGUUAAAGGGAAGCCGGGAAAGCAAGUGCAGCUCUCAGAGUCAGAGAUCAAGCAGCUUUGUUUGCAGUCUAAAGAGAUUUUCUUGCAACAGCCUAAUCUUCUUGAGCUUGAGGCUCCCAUUAAGAUCUGUGGAGACAUUCAUGGUCAAUAUUCUGAUCUUCUUAGACUUUUUGAAUAUGGGGGAUUACCCCCAAAAUCUAACUAUUUAUUCUUGGGGGAUUAUGUGGAUCGUGGGAAGCAAAGUCUGGAAACAAUCUGUCUUCUACUUGCCUAUAAGAUAAAGUACCCUGAAAACUUCUUCCUUUUGAGGGGAAACCAUGAAUGUGCAUCGGUAAAUCGUAUAUAUGGAUUUUAUGAUGAGUGCAAAAGAAGGUUUAAUGUGAGACUGUGGAAAACAUUCACAGAUUGUUUUAAUUGCUUACCAAUAGCAGCUCUUAUAGAUGAAAAGAUAUUGUGCAUGCAUGGAGGACUCUCUCCUGAUCUGCAUGAUUUGAAUCAAAUUAGAAAUAUGCAACGUCCAAUAGAUGUUCCAGAAACUGGUUUACUUUGUGAUCUACUAUGGUCAGAUCCCAGUAAAGAUGUCAAAGGGUGGGGAAUGAGUGAUAGGGGAGUGUCCUAUACAUUUGGUCCUGAUAUGGUAACUGAGUUCCUUCAGAAGCAUGAUCUUGAUCUUAUAUGCCGUGCCCAUCAGGUCGUUGAAGAUGGUUAUGAAUUUUUUGCCAAUCGACAGCUUGUCACAAUAUUCUCUGCCCCCAAUUACUGUGGAGAAUUUGACAAUGCCGGUGCCAUGAUGAGUGUGGAUGAAACUUUAAUGUGCUCUUUUCAAAUACUGAAACCUGCAGAAAAGAAGCCAAAAUUCGGAUUUGGGAGCACUGCUACAGCUAAACGAGGGACUCCUCAAACAAAAUCAAAGUCAUUUCUUGGUGCAAAAAUAGGAUGAGUUCAAUUAGCUUGAGAAGAUAUGCAAGAAAAUUGGCACUUACGAUCUACAGCAUUCAGGUAUGAAGUGAAAGCCUUUUGAGCUUCCGGGGUCAUCAGUUUGAUAGCAGAAAUGAUAUAUAGAAGGUUUACUCCCAAGUUAAUCGGGAGGAGCCUCAUGAUUUCACAAAAUGUAUAAUAUGAACCAAGCAGCCAAGGACUUGGAUUCUUUGGUCAACAAAGAUUUUUUUCCACCCUAAUUGUUGAUUGGGAACAAUGAGAAGGAGAGAGUACUGAUUUUCUGGGCUUCUUAAUAGUGAUGAGAAAUUCUGUUGGUGCAUUCAUAUGUGGAACGAAAGGUAACAAUUGUGUUGACUUUCUCUGAACUUGGACUCUGUACUAUGAAGUUCUUCACUUGUGUGUCCUUACAUUUUGAUAGCAAGUAGCUAACAAAGAUUUAA